AUGAUUCCUAUAUGCGUGCAGUGCGGAACAGGAGGAAACCCAUGUAGAUGCAAAGUGGUAGGACCAACGUUAGGGCUUGUGGCGUUUGUAGCAGCCGCAGUUGUGGAGUGGCCGGUGGGUGCAUUGGUUUAUAUCUUCAAGCAUGCCAAAGGUCGCCGUAUAAUGGGCCAUCCGGCUACACAUGUUUAUCCCAAAGUCACCCGUUCCAUUCCCAUAUGA